GGACUGGGGCUGGGAGGGCAGGGUUGGCACGGGACAGUGAUCCCCAGCUACCGCCCGUCUUCUCCCCUCGGCUCCCGGCGACUAGCGUCUGCGGCAGAGGCGAGCGCGGCUCGGCAACGAGUGACGCUGCGGCGGGGCGGGACGAGCGAUUGGCCAGUUCCCGCUCGCCGACGCCGGCGGCCUGCUCCUCCCAGGCCUUGCCCUCUGCCUGUCCUCCCCCGUCUUCCCCUGCUGACCUUCGGGGCCGGCGGCCCCACGACGCAGACAUCGCCGGGCUAAGACGGACUAAAAGGGUAGUGUCGCCCACCAGGCCCCGUCGGCGUUAAUCGUCCCCGACUCCUCGCUAGGUUUUCGAUGGGUGGGCGCCGCGGGCGAGGAGCUGGGGUAGGACUGUGGGUAGGAAGUUUCGCCCUUGGAGAAUCUGCCUAACGACUGGUGAUGAAAGGUGACUGAGGCGCCCGGAUUGGCUGCCUUGCGACUUACUCAGGUGUGGCCUUCCUCUUCCGGUGGAUACUUGCGCGCCCUUUCCCGGUCAGGGAUAGGUAACAAGCCUUAAGCUAAGUGACCCGGCUCCCUGAUUUCCUCUGAAAGCUCCCGGGGUGUGUCGUGGGGCUACAGUACAGAAUGCCCACACUGUUCUAACCAUGUGAAGCAGGGUUCUUUGGGGGUCAGGGAAGGACUUACAAAACUUGCAGAACGUUCAGAAUCCUUGAAGUAGAGCAAGGAGGCAGCCCCCGUGCUCGGGAUCCUCUUCAGAGGAGCUGUCCUGAAGAGGGUAAGACCUAAAAACGCAGCCACCACAGUUCUCAGACUUACACAUAUCUCAACCGUCUUUUCAUAUGAAAUGUUGUGAUCGCUUCCUUUACUGAGUUCUCCCAGACAGGAGUGUCUGACACCUGUCGUCCCCUGUCCAAGGUUACACAGCUAAUAAUGAAAGAAGCAGAAUUUGGACACUUGCCUACGCAUGUUACGGUUCCAUUUCAGUAAACCAAAGCAGAGCAUUUGCAGCAUAUGCGGUAGAUAGGGCUAUGGAGGAUAAGCUGACUGGUGAGAGGCCUCCUCCUCCAGUACCCUGCCAUUGGGAAGAACUGUAUUCCAGAUGAACACAUCAUGUUUAAAAAGCACUGGAUGCCCAACUUCUUGCUAGGCCCAGAUUUCCUCCCAAGCAUAGACCCCUUUGCUUCCAGGGCAAACUCCAGCAUGGGGUGAGGUACAGAAGAAAGACUUCAGGGGUGUACUCUGGCACUCAGUUACCAAACCUGCCCCCUAGAUCAGGGGUACAGAACAUUCUGCUCCAAAGGCAUGAGAAGAGAACAUCAUAUAUUGGCCACUCCUGCCCAAUGUGGAGGGGAGCAGAAACUCCAGAGCCCAUCCCUGAAGGGUGAAGGGUGAACCUGGCUGCAGUCCACCCUAGAAAAAGCUGCAGAGCCUGCCCACAAAAGAAGGAAGCUGACAUCUGCAGGCCAGUUUUCCAGGCCUCCCCUUCUUCCCUCUGCUACUUCCUUUGUAGGCCUUCAGGAAACUGAAAAUAACACGCAGUUUGAGGCGGUGGACCCCGGCGUGGGAGUGGCACGCAUCCCUGCCAGCCUGGCCCCCAGCCUGCGUCCCGAGGGCACCCCAGCCUAGCCCUCACCAUGUUCGCUGCAUCAGAGGCGGCGGUGGUGGCCGCGGCGGUAGCAGGAAGGCCUUACGUGUGCGGCGAGUGUGGCAAGAGCUUCAGCUACAGUUCAGUGCUGAUGCGCCACGAGCGUGCCCAUGGCGGCGAUAGCCGCUACCGCUGCCUCGACUGCGGGGAGCGCUAUGCACUGGCCGCUGACCUCCGUGCACACCGACGCGCGCAUGCUGGCCAGACGCUCUACAUCUGCAAUGAGUGCGGCCAGAGCUUCCGUCAUAAUGGCCGCCUGGACCUGCACCAGAGCACACACAGACAGCGCGGCCGCUCCUGCCCGUGCCGCGCGUGCGGCCGCAGCUUUCCACACCUCUCAGCUCUGCUGCUGCACCGGCGCCGCCGGCACCCCCCCGAGCGGCCCUGCCGCUGCCCCCUGUGCGCGCGCGCCUUCCGUCAGAGUGCGCUCCGCUUCCACCAGGCGCGGGCACACCCGUGGGGUACACCCAUCGCGCCUCUCGACCCCCUCCACCGCUGCACACAGUGCCCACGGGCCUUCCGCAGCUCUGCAGGGCUGCGGAGCCACGCUCGCGUCCACGCGAGCCAGCGUCCGGCUCCUGAGCCGCACGCGCCGGGUGCGCACCAGUGCAGCGUGUGCGGGAAGAGCUUCGGCAAGAGCUCCACGCUAACACGACACCUGCAGAUGCACUCGGGUGAGAAGCCCUUCAAGUGCCCGGAGUGUGGGAAGGGAUUCGUGGAGAGCGCCACGCUGGUGCGCCACCAGCGAACGCACACGGGGGAGAAGCCAUACGCGUGCGGGGACUGCGGGCGCCGCUUCAGCGAAAGUUCCACCCUGUUGCGCCACAGGCGCAGCCAUCAGGGGGAGCGGCCGCACGCAUGCGCCACGUGCGGCAAGGGCUUUGGGCAGCGCUCAGACCUGGUGGUGCACCAGCGCAUCCACACUGGUGAGAGGCCCUUCCCGUGCACCGAGUGCGGCCGCCGCUUCAGUGACCGCUCUGACCUCACCAAGCACCGGCGCACGCACACCGGCGAGAAGCCCUACCGCUGUGAGCUGUGCGGCAAACGCUUCACAUGCGUCUCCAACCUCAACGUGCACCGGCGCAACCACGCCGGCCAUAAGCCCCACAAGUGCCCCGAGUGCGGCAAGGCCUUCAGCGUGGCCUCCAAGCUGGCGCUGCACCGCAAGACUCACCUGGGCGAGCGGCCGGCACAGUGCGCCGAGUGCGGCAAGUGUUUCAGCCACAGCCGCUCGCUCUCCCAGCACCAGCGGGCGCACACGCGCGCUCGAGCUGCCGCCGCUGCCGCCCAAGCCACCGCAGGAGCUGCACUCAUCCUUGCUGGGCGAGCAGAACAGGAAAAGCCGGACUUCUUGUGUCCCAGCUGAGGGACACUUGCUGAGAAGCUUUGCUAUAGUAGACUGGGCACAUACGGAUGCACUGCCACAGGGAGGUCUGUGUAAAGACAGCACGGCCGGCUGUCGCCUUUCCCCAUCUUCCAUGGUAGCCCUUCACCUAGACUGUGACCGGGCCCCUACAUCUACUUCCCUGGUCAGCUCUUCCUGUUCUCCAUCCUUCCUGUCCUCCCCCUGGGGUGUAGGGAAGCAGGAAAACCUCCUAGACAGGAAAGAGAGCCCAGGUAUGGGUAUAUUCCCACUGCUGCUGUUGUGUCCCCCAAGGUUUUUCUGCUUUCCCACCUGGGUUCGAACUUAUCUUGUCCCAUCCCCUUUUCCAGCCCGAGUCUCCUCUAGCUCUCCUUCCCGUGUUCGUUUGUUGUCCUGCCUCUUCAGAUAAUGAUCACAGAUGUGGCCACAGGGACAACCCACCCACCUUGUGGUCUUCUUGACUCUUGGUUCUACUUGAGCCUCUGCUGCUUUCUCCCUAGGCUCAGAGAUGGGAAAUUUGUAGGCAGAGAGAUGAUGGGACAGCACAUUUCAGUGAAAGACAUCAUGCCAGAAGCCACCAGCCUGCUUCCUGGCAGAGAAGGCCCACCACAGUGAAGCUGGGUGGGAGCCCUCAGCAAAGCAGCCACCAGUCCCAGGGAGCACACCUGAUGGUAUCCAUAUCAAAGUGCCUCUCAGGGCAAUAUUCUCCAGCUAGGUGGGGGGACAUUAACUUUCAGACCUAGACGGAGACCCUGUGGGGUCUAUAAAGCAGAGUACUGCCAAGGGGAGCAUCAGAAUACUAUUUCCAAAUCAAGCCUGGAGCCAUGGGCAAAUGGAGCUCCACAGAGUCAAUAAUGCAGGGCAGAAAAUCUGGAAUUGGCCGGUGGUUGUUUUGCUUACGACUGGUGAAAUAAAGCUUGGUGUUUUGGGAGGGUUCCAGAA